AUGACUAAAGAGUGCAGUGCCCUUAUCCAGAAGAAUUUGCCUACAAAGAAGAGGGACCCAGAGAGUUUUCGCAUCCCUUGUGCUAUAGGGGAUACAAUGAUUCACAGAGGGUUUUGUGAUCUUGGAGCGAGCAUAAAUUUAAUACCCCUGUCUCUCAUGAGGAAGCUACAAAUCAAUGAGUUAAAAUCCACAAACAUAACCCUUCAACUGGCCGACAAAACCCAGAAACAAGCACUAGGAGUUGUUGAAAAUGUGCUGGUGAAGGUAGGGAGGUACUUUCUCCUUACAGACUUUGUUGUUCUUGAGAUGAAAAAAAACUCUCUUCAUCCAAUCAUUCUGGGGAGACCAUUCUUGGCCACAACCAGAGCACCCAUAGAUGUUGAGCAAGGGGAGUUGAUAUUGAGAAUACAUGAUGAACAACUCACCUUUCAUGUCUUCAAGCCCUCACAUGAGUCUGAACAAGAGAACAAAGACCUAAAGGAUGAUCACAAGCAGAGCCUCUAA